UUGACACGGUCACAACAAGUACGGUGGCCGCCGAACUGGUAGCCUCAGUUCUCGAUGUCUGAUGGCCACAAACAAAACGCUGCGUCCCUAACCUGAGCACAGAAGAACGCGGCGUCGGCGGUUUUAGCUUCGUCUCGGGGGUGUUUUGCGCCGAGUAGCGUUUCGAAAAGCGCCGGUUCGCCAUGGACGAGGACGUGGUGGAGAUUGAGAACGUGGAGAGCGUCUGCAGGCUAUGCCUGUCCACGGAUGAGCCGAGGUCUUCGGUGUUCGCCGCGAUGGAUGAGCAGCGGGACACGGCCGUGUCAUUGGCCAUGAAGAUCCAAGCUUGCCUGUCAAUCGAGAUUUCGACUACCGACAAGCUGUCCAAGCUGAUAUGCGCGAAUUGCGUGAAAAAUGUAAACCAGUGGCACACUUACAAAGAAUCCUGUCUACGUUCGCAGAAUAAGUUGCAGGAGUGGCUGACAAGUCAGUCGCAACCGAAACCUGUGGUUGUAACAAUCAAAGAUGAACCAGUGGACUUGGACUGUGAAGACAAUAUAGAGAUUGUCUCAGAAUCUAUCAACAACCAGGAAUCAUCGAAUUUACAAAUUCUUACGGUGGAGGACAGUGAGAGCAGCAAUGAGCAUGUACAAGAUUUGUCAGACAACAUCAACGACAGUGACGAUGCUGAUGUGAAUAAUGCGGAUAGGCAGACUGAAUCCGAAACGGUUCCUGCACCUGCAGCAGAAAAAGAGACUGACAAAGAUGAGAGUCAAACGGAGGAUCAGCAGCAAGAUUCGCAGCCUUUACGUGCCGCGAUUAAAAGCGAGCCGCAAGACGAUUACGACGACGCCGAUUACGACGGCACCUUAGAGGUAGAAUCCGUCGACGACAACGGGAUAUUAUUGAACCCCAUGGCGCUUAACGCAAAGGAAGAUGUAAUCAUGGAGGCUGAUUCCACCCAAAAGUCCAACAAUGCAGCAAGCGGGCCGACGCAUAAGAAAAAACUAAGGCGCGGGCCUCACACUCAUUUCAGAGGCACGCGCGCUUUCAAGCAGAAGUGCGUAUACUGCCAGAUAUUUUUGCAUUCCAAGCAUUCGUAUGUGAAGCACAUGGAGCGAUUUCACAGCAACGGUACCAAGGACAACGGCACCGAGAACUCGGGAUCUCAGAAUGACGAGGAAGAGAUGGUGGAGGACUUGGAGGACGAAUUGGUCAGCAUGGAAAAAGAUUCGCCGUUGACGCAGGUUCAACAGGAUAUCAUCAGCCAGCUGAAAACCUUCUCCUGUUACUCGUGCCAGCAGACUUUCAACGACCGGCGCAGCACGCUCUCACAUAUCCGCCAACAUCUGCCGGACCUGCGACCGUACACGUGCAUCGCUUGCUUGACCGAGUUCCCCGAUCGGUCGAUGUAUCAGUCGCACUGCGGCGCUUCCUUCGAGUGCGCUAUGAAGAUCGCACUGGUCGUGCCGAAGCAGGGUCACGAGCGUUACUUCACGUGCAAUAUGUGUCUGCGCUCGAUGCAGGGCAGGAAAGAGCUGCUCAGCCACUUGUCCAAGCAUUCCGACAAGCAGUACGAGGAGAUGAUGUCGCCGGCGCGACCGCCGCCUAAGUUGAAGCCGAUGGCGCCGUUACCGUCGUCGAACGGCAAUGACGCCAGCAAGUCACCGUCGCCAAAAACCCCGAACGGGCCGUACAAGGACGGCGAUCCCGCGCACAAUCACACGUGCGACCUUUGUGGCAUGAUAUACCGCUACCGGCCCAACAUGAUUAAGCACAGGCAGCUGUGUUCGCGGCUGCAGCCGGAGGUCAGAACGUCGUACAAGUGCGCCCACUGUUCCAUGACGUUCCUCGUGUUCAAAAAGUUCCACUCUCACGUCACGGUUGGCCACAAGAAGAAGGACUUCACCUGCGCGGUGUGUAACUCGAGAUUCAGGUCGCCCAGCGACUACCUCACUCACCACGAGAAGCAUCGCGCGUCACAGGUGAGCCGACAGACGAAUCAGCAGAUCAGCGGCAAGAUCUCGCAGAGUGCUCAGUCACCGUUGAAGGAGCGCAACGCAGCCGCUCAGUAUCAGCCGGAAGAUAUGCGCACCGAUCAGACGAAGACGAGGACCAGCGAUCAGAACAAGUACGUCUGCGCUCUCUGCAGCAUGAGCUUCGCCACGCGAGUCGAGCUGACCGACCACCGGAACCUGCACCUCAAGGUGAAGAUAUAUUCGUGCGCCAUUUGCCGCAGCAUGUUCAGCAGUGCCGGCGCCUUGGAGAUUCACAUGAAGGAUCACGGCAUCGACGAUCCCAACGAGCGGCAGGCUAACAUCUCCUGCGUGGAGUACGGCAGCCUGGACGAAGACGUGAGGAUCGACAAUGACGACGCAGCGAUGAACGCCAGCGCUGUCUCGGAUCCUGGCACGCAGAGAUACGAGUGCGAUCAGUGCGGCAAGGUGCUGUCUAAUUACGCCAAUCUGAGACGGCACGCGACGAUCGCGCACCGGAACGCCAAGAAUUACGAGUGCGCCAACUGCGAGAAGUCGUUCACGCGCAAGGAAUUGUACGAGCAGCACAUGCAGCACGAGCACAAGUCCUCCAAGAAUAUGUUCCAUUGCCCGCUGUGUCCCAAGAGCUUCGUCUUCCGGUCCAAUUUCAACUAUCACUACCGGACCGCGCACCUCGAGAAGUCGCAGAACGGCUACGCCUGCGACAUUUGCGGCAAGGUCUUCGUCGAGGAGGCGUCAUUGAAGAUACACAAGGGCUGGCACAAUCGCGCCAACUCCCGCCUCAGCACUCGUUUCAUCCUGGCCAAUCAAAAGUUUGCCAACAACACGCUGGACAAUUCAAGCGUCGGCAACAGUGCGGAACGCCCGGCGAGAGCUCGCAAGUCCUUCCCCAAUCCUCCGUCGCACUCGGCGAUCAAGUCGCCGGGCAACUUCCAGUGUCAAGUGUGUAACGACAAAUUCAAUGACGUGACCGAGUUGAGGACUCACCUGUGGGACGUACAUUGCGCCAAAAACAAGCCGGAGAAGAGUAUAGCCACCGAUGAGCUUCAGUGCGAACUGUGCACGAACGUCUUCCCCGACAAGGACAUUCUGGCCGCUCAUAUGAAGUGGCACAAGGCCAAUCCCAUCCUCAGCGACGUACACAAGACGUACACCUGCGACGUGUGCAACAAGACCUACAGCUCGAAGAAGGUUCUGUGGAAGCACAAGAGGCUGCACAAGGCCACCUUGCUGACCUCCGUCAAGUUCCAGUCGUUGAACAAAAAGCCGGCCACCCAAUACCUGUGCUCCAUCUGCCGGAAGGCUUUUUCGAGCGGCCAGUCUCUACAGCGACACAGACUCAACUUCCACAGCGAGCUGCAGAGCGUGCAGCAACGUACGCAACAACAGCUGCACAACCGGCGACUCUCGCUGGAGGACGAGCCGAAGAUGAAGCGUAUGAAGGUCGAAGCGGAGGACAAUCCGCCCAAGUUGCCGCCCUUCGCCAUGGACUUUGCCGGCGAGAGGAAGAAGUCUGUCAUGUGCCACUUGUGCAAGAGACUGUUCCCCAACAUGAGCGUGCUGUACAAGCAUAAGCAGGCCGUGCACAAGCCGCGCAUUGGGAAGGACGGCCUGCCGGAGUGCUUGCCGGUGCCGACGCAGGACGGCAAGUUCUCGUGCAACGUCUGCUCCAAGGUGUUCCCCGGCCUGUCGAACUUGCGCCAACAUUUUACGAUCAAGCACAAGAAGGUCUACGAGUCCUACCAGUGUAACGUGUCCAGCUGCGACCUGGUGUUCCCCACGUCGGACUCGCUCAAGGACCACGAGCAGAUACACACCAACAUGAUGUUCAGCUGCCGGCUGUGCGACCGUUUUCUCUUCAACAAGGAGUCCCUGAUGGAUCAUAUCAUUAGCGUGCACAACACCACAUACCAGGCCGACAGCAAGACGUUCCACCGGGAGAUCGAUCUCAACACCUACGUGGUGAAGGGCGCGACCGGGACCACGUGUCCGCGCUGCCACGUCAAGUACCCCAACAACCGGGCCAUGAAGAUACACUACGUGAAGAUCCACGAGAACGCCGAGUAGAGGGCUCGCGACUUCAAAUCACGACCGCUGCCGGCCGCAGCGUCGCGUCGUGCAGAGUGAUCGGAUCGCCAAGGUAGGCAAGACGAGAUCCUUCUGAGAUUGAUCGCAAAGAACACGCUGGAUCUAAUUGUUCGACAUGUUCCUGAAACGGUACCGUUCGCGAUACGCGCGAUUCCGUGAUUUUUCUACUUUUCGGGAUUCGGGAAGAAUGGUCGUUCCCUUCGAGGACGGGGGGGUUUCGGCAUGGCGCUUUGGUCAAGAGGGGGUUCCCUCCCCCCCUCAACUAACGCGCGAGCCGGUCUAUAGACGCCGUGACGGUCGCGCACAAUCGUCAGCGUCAAGCUGUAUAGUUUUUCGAUACUCGCAACACUGACGAGAGAGAGAGAGAGAGAGAGAGAGAGAGAGAGAGAGAGAGAGAGAGAGAGAGAGAGAA